GAGAACGACUGCGAUUCAGUGACCAAGCUCGAAGAAAUAUCAGUUGAUCCAGUAGUAAGACUCGGCUCGCCAACGGUAAAUCGAAUACUUUUUCUCUCUAUAAUCUCAUAUUCCACGCCUUACUUGUAGACGAUCCGCCUUACCUAGAGAGAUCAAGAGGAAAUGAAAGAUUUUUAACUGUUGUUGAUGUCGAAAACCUCUCUAAGGUAACCAUUUCCUUGCAAGGGUCGCCGAGAACCCUAAUCUAUUUUAAGGGUUCGGAGUUGUCUUCCUUCGCUGAAACGCGAAGGGGGUUUAAAGGAAUUCUGUUUUCUUAUGUGAUCGGAUGAACCCUAAUUCAGUUUAUGUAGUUUAACGAAGUGGGUAAGCGAUAAUGUCGGCAAAUAAUAACCCAUCUAGGAAUACGGGGGGAAUUCAACCUUCUAAGGCUGUGAAUCAUCAGCCUCACUUACUCUCUCAGAUUCAACGUCAAACGCAAGGAUUACAUCAAUUUCCUGGUCAGUUUCAGCUUUCUGAACCUCAAGCUCAAGCUGUGGCCCAAAUGCAGUAUGCCCAGGCUCAUGCCCAAGCGCAGACACAGGCUGCUCAUGCUCAGUUCCAAUCUCAAUUGCAAGCUCAAGCCCAAGCUCAUUCAUAUACGCAGCUGCAAAACCAAUUGGCUAACAAUGUUGGUGCAUCUUCACCUUCCAUCUUGACGCCUGGCAUGGGGACAGCCAAGCGUGCUCCCCAGAAACCACCUGCUAGGCCCCCUGGUUCUUCCGGUGCUGCUGUAGGUUCACCUCUAAAAAUUAUGGAACUUACUCCUGCUUCAAGAAGGAAGAAACCGAAGCUUUCGGAAAAGCAAAUACCUGAUAAAGUAGCUGCUAUUUUGCCAGAAUCUGCUCUUUAUACUCAGCUGCUUGAGUUCGAGGCUCGUGUUGAUGCUGCUCUAUCGAGGAAGAAGAUUGAUAUUCAGGAAGCUAUUAAAGCUCCUCCACGGUUUCAGAAAACCCUUCGUAUUUUUGUCUUCAAUACCUUUGCAAACCAGAAACAGUCAGUCUCGGAGAAUAAGGAUGUUGAGCCUCCUUCUUGGUCUCUUAAGAUAGCAGGUCGAAUAUUGGACGAUGAAGCGAAUUCCAUCUACCCAAAAUUCUCGUCGUUCUUUAAGAAAAUCACGAUUUAUUUGGACAAGAAACUCUAUCCAGAAAAUCAUGUGAUUUUGUGGGAGAGUUCACGUUCGCCGGUCCUGCACGAAGGUUUUGAGGUGAAAAGAAAAGGAAACACAGAAUUCAACGCAAUUAUCAGAAUAGAAAUGAACUAUGUGCCAGAGAAAUUCAAGCUUUCCUCACCUUUACUCGAACUUCUUGGUGUUGAGGUAGAAACCCGACCACGAAUUAUUGCUGCACUUUGGCAUUAUGUGAAGGCGAAAAAAUUGCAGAUUCCAAGCGAUCCUUCGUUCUUCAUGUGUGAUCCGCCCCUUCGGAAGGUAUUUGGGGAAGAGAAGAUGAAAUUCUCCAUGGUUUCCCAAAAGAUAUCUCAGCAUAUGACUCCACCACCGCCUAUACAUUUGGAGCAUCAUAUUAAGCUUUCGGGUAAUAACCCAUAUGGGAAUACUUGUUAUGAUGUUCUGGUUGAUGUUCCUGUUGCAUUACAACAAGACAUGUCUUCUUUCUUGGAGAAGUUAGAAAAACAAAAGGAAAUCGAUGCUUGUGAUCAAGCUAUCUCUACUGCUAUUAAGAAGAUCCAUGAACAUCGACGUAGGAGGGCUUUUUUCCUUGGUUUUAGUCAAUCUCCCGCUGAAUUCAUCAACAUGCUGAUUGCUUCUCAAAGCAAGGACUUGAAACUCGCUGCUGGCGAUGCUACUCGCAAUGCAGAGAAAGAACGUCACUCUGAGUUCUAUAAUCAACCAUGGGUAGAAGAUGCUGUCAUUCGAUACCUGAACCGCAAGCCUGUUGGUGGAAGUGAUGCUCCUGGAAGCACAUAGAUUAGAACCUGGUACAAUAGUCAAUAAUAUAUUCUCCAUGUGUUUCCGAAAUUUGUUGGGUGUUUUUUGCUUUAGAUGUGUCGUGUAAUGGUAAGAGGAUUGAUUCUAUUGCUUGUUUGUGUGUAAUUUAGGUUGAAAUUUGGUCA